UCAGUUCUGCCUCCCGUCUCACAGAAGCAGAGCCAUGUGCCCCACACUCCUCAGCCUCCUGAGUCUCGGAUUCUGUGUGAGUCUGAGGAUCUGGGCAGCUGUGGGUGAAUAUGAGAAGCCCUCUUUGUCAGCCUGGCCAAGCCCCGUGGUUCCAUUAGGACAGACCGUGACUCUUUCGUGUCACUCCAGUCGUCCAUUUGUGAUAUUCAGACUGUUCAAAAGAGAUGAGACAAGUUUGCCCAAGCUCCAGGGACAUUCCAAGAACUUCACCCUUGGCCCGGUGACCAGAAAACAUGCUGGGUCCUACACAUGUUCUGCCAGCAGGUCUCGCUUUGUGUGGUCUGAUGUCAGUGACCCCCUGACGAUUGUGGUCACAGGUGUGUUCCCAAAACCCUCCAUCUCAGCCCACCCAGGCCCCCUCGUGCAUGAGGGAGAGAAUGUGACCUUCCGCUGUAACUCAUCGACGCUGCUUGACAAAUUUAUCCUGCACAAAACAAGCAGCACAGGGCAUUUCCAGAGAUGUGGAGAGACGCUCACUGGUGGGCAGGCCCCAGCUGACUUCGUCAUUGGCUCCAUGACUUUGGCGAGUGUGGGCAGCUACAGAUGCUAUGGCUCUCUCAGCCACUCCCCCUAUGAGUGGUCAGCGCCCAGUGACCCCGUGGACAUCAUCAUCACAGGUCGAUCCAGGAAACCCUCUCUCUCAGCCCAGGGGGGCCCCGUGGUGACGUCAGGGGAGAAUAUGACCUUGGUCUGCAGCUCCGAAAGCGCCUUUGACCAGUUCCAUCUUCUCAAGGAGGGUGAGAACCUUGGGCGCCCGCUCGCUGAAGUGCGGGGCCCCCGCGGAGCACUCCAGGCAGAGUUCCCUCUGGGUCCUGGGACCCCAGCCCACAGCGGGGUCUACAGGUGCUACGGCUCCUUCACUCACUCUCCCUACUCGUGGUCAGACUCCAGCGACCCCCUGUUCCUGUCUGUCACAGGAUCCACUACAAGCACUUGCCCAUCAAACAUGGAUCCACACACCACAGAAGAAGCACGGCUUCCUCAAGGCCACUCCAGCCAGCUGCACCUUCUCCUUAGGCUCUCUGUAGCCUUCAUCUAUACCAGCAUCUUCCUCGCUGUUCUUGUCUGUCACUGGUCACCCAUAAAGAUCCAUCAGCAGAGGACGUGAUAUUCACUCACUUGAACCAUGGGACCCUCUCUGAGAGACUGUUCACUCCCACUCCCCUGAGCCCCAUGCACCUCUCCACCAAGCCCAGUAUCUAUGAGGAAUUUGCUGUAAACCAAGUCCAUGCUGACCCUGACCUGGCCCCAUCCUUUGAGCACACAGAGUGUUAUAAUUUGAAGAGCUAGAUUUCUUUCUAAAGGGGUUCCUCCGUGGGCACUCCUUCUCCUCCUCCAAAGCAGCCCAGCAGCUCUGAAGUUAAGAGUGGAGUCCAACCAGAAUAGAAAGAGACACAUGUACCCAAUGUUCAU